GCCUCCUGGAGAUGCAGCUGAUCCUGCAUUACGACGAGACGUACCGGGAGGUGAAAUACAGCAACAUCCAGCUGGAGGACAUCGACCGCAAGGUGCUGAUGGGCAUCAACAUCACCCCUGUGGCCGCGCUGCUCUACACGCCCAUCCUCAUCAGGUUUUUCGGCACCAAGUGGGCCAUGUUCCUGGCAGUGGGCAUCUAUGCCUUCUUCGUCUCCAGUAACUACUGGGAGCGCUACUACACACUGGUGCCCUCCGCCGUGGCCAUCGGCGUUGCCAUCGUGCCCCUCUGGGCUUCCAUGGGCAACUACAUCACGCGGAUGGCCCAGAGGUACUACGAGUACGUCAACUACAAGGAGGAGCAUGUCCAGGAGCAGCAGCGGGUGCCGCGGGGUGCCUGCAACACCUACAUCGUCAUCUUCCAGACCGUCUUCUACUCCUGCUUCCACCUGAGCUUCGUCUGCGCUCAGAUGCCCAUGCUCUUCUUCCUCAACAACUACCUCUACCAGCUCAACCACACGCUCUCCGGAGUCAAGCACUGCGGGACCCUGAGCCACGGCACACUGCCCGGCUUCAACACAACAGUGCUGCAGAGCCUUCCUCGCAGCGUCAACCUCAUCAUCGUGGAGAGCGCCCUGAUGGCCGCCGCCUUCCUCGCCAUGCUGGUGGUCCUGGUGCUGUGCGGCUCAGCGUAUCGACCCACGGAGGAGAUCGACCUGCGCAGCAUCGGCUGGGGGAACAUC